GCGCCUCAAACGUCUAACUUGCAAUUUUAACAAACCCCCCCGGAACGCGACUGUCCACAAGUGCUGCAGUGAAGUAGGUGAAGCAGUUAGCUCGAGGCUAGCUCGGCUACAGGGGGAGGAUACCUGAGCAGCUCGACCGGGGGGAGGAGGAGGAGGAGGAGGAGGAGGAGGAGGAGGGGGUUCUGCUCCGAGGAUGGACAGCGAGAUCCAAAGAGACGGGAGAGUCCUGGACCUCACCGACGAUGCCUGGAGGGAAGACAAGCUGCCUUACGAGGAUGUCACCAUCCCUCUGAGUGAACUGCCCGAGGCCGAGCAGGACAACGGAGGAUCCACGGAGUCCGUGAAGGAGCAAGAGAUGAAGUGGACGGAUCUCGCCCUGCAGAGCCUCCACGAAAACACACCGAGCACCGGCAGCUGAGAGACUUGGGACGGGAGAAGCCGCAACCAAUCUCACGGCCACAGAGACUGAAUUACAAACAGAACAAAUAUGUCCACAAAAUAAAUUGCUCCUCACCUUGUA